AAUGAAAAUACAAGCAACUGCAUAAGGUGUUGUAAUAAUGUUAUAACUUGCCAGUUUAUUAGGUACACCUACCUUGCGACUACAUACAGUCUAUGGGGCUGUAGCCCAUUUGUUACUAUACAUACCUCACCCCUUUCUACUGCAGAUAUAAUCCAGUACAGAUACGCUUAACAGAUCAUUUUUAAAGAAAGUAUGUCAGAAAUGUUCACAGAGUAACUGAUUGAGAUUGGAGCGUACAUUUACAUGAACAGCGUUUGGCAGACGCCCUUAUCUAGAGCGACUUUCAGAAGUGCUUCGUAGUCUCCAUCAAAAACACACAAUCAUGCUAGUUCACUAGGUCAGGGACUAAAAAUGACAGAAAGAAAAAACAUGUUGGGGAGGUUAAUACAGUAUGAAAAGAAAACAAACCAGACAAGAUAUUUAAAAAAAUUACAGAUUAACAAAGUGCUAAUACAAGGGCUUGGUGAAGAGAUAAAGUCUUUAUUCUUCAUUUGAAGACAGCCAGGGGAAGUUCAUACUACCACCAGUGUGCCAGGACAGACAAGAGUCUUGAUGCAGGUCUUCCUUCUACCUUGAGAGGGAUCAUGGUAUGUAGCCGGGUGUGAUGGGUGCCUUAAGGUAGGCAUCAGUGGUUUAAAUGCUACAGGAAGCCAGUGGAGCGAGCGUAGCAAUGGGGGUGGUAUGCGAGAACUUGGGGAGGUGGAAAACAAGUGAUGCAGCUACAUUCUGGAUCCAUUGCAGGAGAUGGAUGACGUGUGCAUCCGGAAUGUGACAUAACAAAAAUGUCACGCGAAUGUGAGAGAGCAGUCAAACAUGAAGCUCGCAGAAAAAGAAAAAGACUAUGUUCAUUAAAAUGAGAUGCAUUUACAGCAAUCAUUCAUUCAUCCUUAGUAACUGCCUGGUCACAAUGGUUUUAGGCUACUGGUUUGUUUAUAUUUUCGGAAAUCGAACCAGCUAAAUUUGUUAGAAAAUAUUGUGGGCAGAUACAAACAAAAUUAAUAACUGCACGAGCGGGAUUAAUAAAACAUUCCCAGGCAUAUCUCUAGUUGACACUAAUUACAAACUCAAGUGAUGUAGCUGAGGAUGAGGAACUGUCAGAGCCAGAAUUCACACGCCCUGAUGGUGGUGCUGCCAUUGAGCCCACCACGCCCACUCUGAAUUUAAAUCCGAAUACAGAUAUGGAUAUAUGGAGCACUAAAAAAGAUAUAGAUAGUGGCAUUGCAUAACUCUCUCCAAUUACUGUCCAUCAUAAGGCCACUCACACCAGUCUAACAUCCAGUACCAUUUCAGUUCAGUCUCAGCGUCAUUGCUUAACAUUGAUAAAAUUGUGCAUACCUUAAUAUUUACAUUUAUUUGGAAGAUGCUUUUUGCUUAUCCUAAGCAACUUACAAUUGAGCUGCUCAAAUGAAGACUAAGGUUGUUGCUCAAGGGUCCAACAGUGACAGUUUGGCAGUGUUGGGAUUUGAGCUCACAACCUUCUGACUGGUAACCCGAAGCCUUGACUGCAGAGCAACAGAUGGCCUAGCAUCAGUAAUUUUAUAUAUGUAAGUGUAACCUCCAUCCAUCCAUUUUCUGUACCGCUUAUCCUACACAGGGUCGCAGGGAGCCCGGAGCCUAUCCCAGGGGCACUCGGGGCACAAGGCAAGGGACACCCUGGACAGGGUGCCAACCCAUCACAGGGCACAAUCACACACUACGGACAGUUUGGAAAUGCCAAUCAGCCAAGACAAUGCAUGUCUUUGGAACGGACAAUUUGGAAAUGCCAACAGUGCAUGUCUUUGGACUGGGGGAGGAAACCCCAGUGCACUGGGAGCACAUAGGGUGGAGGUGGGAAUCAAACCCCCAACCCUGGAGGUGGGGGGCAACAGUGCUAACCACAAAGCCACCGUGUAACCUAAAAAAUAGUCAGUGUAACCUAAAAAAAAAUAAAAAAUCCCAAAGUUGCCACUUAAUGUAUAGUAAUAUUUAGUAUUUCCUGCAACGCGGUUCGCAUCAGUAAUGUCCACGCGGGCCACUGUACAAUGCGUGACGUCACGGAGGAUAACAAGGUUUCCUUUUCACACCGUUGCAUCCAGGCAUGUGUGUUAGCUAAUUAGUCCGCGUAAAUUCAACCGCAUUUCUGGUUCUGUGAGCUUUAUCUGUAAAAGCCCACGCAGAAUCGACGCUGUUGUUCAGGAAGCGUGCGUAGCUUAGCCUAGCAGCACAGCACAGUUAGCAUGAGCACUGAGUUAGCUGGGAAAGCUAGUUAUGCUAGGAGCUGAUGAAACACGCAAGGUGUCAAAGCGAAAGAUCUCAGCAGAGGAUGCAGUGAUCAACAGUGUGAGAUCCAGUCCAUCAGAUCAGAUCAGUAAGAGCAGUCACUGAGUAAUACGAGGAGUGUGUGUGUGGUGUGUGUGUGUGUGGUGCAUCCUGCCUCGUGUUGGCGGUUGGGAUUGAGUCUUGCUGGGUUGGUGGAGGUGUAUGGGACGCAGCAGGAUGUCGGAUUCUCUCCUCCUGACGUUUCAGAGCCAGCUCUCCGGGUUGAUGGAGACCAUCCUGAGAUCAGCUAUAUGUGAGAUCACCAGGCUGGUGGAGGGAAGCUUCUUAGAGGAGAUCGGUCGCGGGAAACAAGAGGCAGAAGUUUUGAGACGAAGAUUACAAAUCCUGGAAACUAAACUGGGCGAGAGAGAAAGAGUUAAGAGAGUAAGGUGUACAGACUGCGGCAGAACUGGACUCUCGAAGAAGGACACGGGUGGGAGAGAGCCCAGGAGGCAAAGUGAAGGUGCGGAGUUGAUUUGUGUUACAAAGCAGGAGGGUGUGUCUGAAGCAGGCAGGAGAAUCUGUGAGAAGGGAAGCGUAACACCAGGUCAAGAAGCAACGUCGACCAUCCCUGACCCUGAGCUUAAGACUCAAGUGGAUGGAGUGAAAGUUGGCGGGGCGGUGAAAGAGGAGGUCGCAGAGGCCUCAGGCUUGCAGAGCUACUCAACAGCACACUGUCACACCACAGCAGAUCACAGAGUAUCCCAGAGUCACAAUGCAGGGGAAACAUCAGGCAUCCACACAUCUCAGCCUGAGCACUGGAUCCCGCAGAGAGACAAGUUACCCAGCACCAGUGCUGGGAAUCAAGAUUCAGUGAAACAGAGAGCACAAUCAAAAAAGCCAGACUCAAAACCAGAGCACCUAGUGCAUACAUCUCAUUCGCAGUCCGAGCUUACGGGGCCUGCGCCAUCUUCAGUGUCCCCCACUGUGAACCAGCAGGCAGGCACUCCAGAAUCAGUGGCCAUUAAACAGGAAGUCGUAGUGGUGCUUCCUCCGGAAUGGGAAGAGUUGGACAGGACGAGGGCAGGGACCACGUCCACAGCAAGCAGGGUAAGUCAGGUACGGGAAGAGCUCCAGCACAGAGAUCCUCUCCCCACAGGAACCUCUGAGGAAAGGCGUGUGGUCUAUCCAGGACCUUGUGGUAAGGAAAGCCUGUCGUCUCAGGUCACGCAGCAACUCAGGAUGCUGGUUAAAAAACAGACCAAACCCACUCAACAUGCCAAUGUGUUGGCAUCAAGUUCUACCACUGUGAACGUGUCUAGGGGACAUUCGCUCCACAAGAGUCCUCCUCUGCCAAAACCCUCUCAGGCACUUCCACAACUCCAGCGCACUUACACAGACGAGAGAGCCUUCAGUGCCUUGCAGUCUGGAAGAAAUGUGCCACAGGCGGUCGGCAUUAGGACUCAUGGCCACGUUGGGCACCAUGUGGUGCGGACACCGCACAUCUGCUCACAGUGUGGUAAGGGCUUCUCGCAUCUCUGCCACUUGAGAGCUCACCAACAGAUCCACACAGGAGAGAGGCAGUUCUGCUGCGGACUGUGUGGCCGCAGCUUCACCAAACUCAGCAACCUGAAGGCACAUCGCAGGGUCCACACGGGAGAAAGACCCUACAUCUGCAUGGACUGUGGAAAACGGUUCACACAGAAAUGUAACUUAAAAAGACACCAGAGGAUUCACUCCGCUCACCUAUGACAACUGGGUUAGAGAAUAUCAUCAGCCUGACUGCUAGCUAAAGCGUAAAGAGGUUUUGUGUUUACAAUGUGUAACUAUUCUAUUGUGCAGCUGUCUCUUGUUUUGUAUAUGGGUGUGUGGAUAACUUCUCCAUCUCUUUUCCAGAUACAGUAUGUAAGCAAUAUUGUGCUCAAGACCAUGCAUAGUGUAGUCUUUUUCCGUAGUCAUAUAAUGUCAUGAAGUGGCACCACUAUGAAUUAUGAAUAAAGGACCUCUUUUCAUAGUUUA